AUGGAUCCCACGAAUGAGCAGUCAGCAAACAGCAUAGCCGUAGCUCCUGCUGGUGGGAAAGUACCAGACGGUACAGGAAUCAUUGACCUUGACCCAUGGCUGGGUGACUUCAGAGACGCAUUGAAGAGCAGAUUUGCCAAAGCGAAGCGUUGGAUAGACACAUUUGACCAGCAUGAGGGAGGUCUUGAGAAGUUCUCCAGGGGAUAUGAAAAGUUCGGCUUCACCUUCGCAGAUAAUGGCGACAUCACGUAUCGAGAAUGGGCACCCAAUGCAACACAGGCCUACUUAACAGGCGACUUUAACGGCUGGAACCGAGAUUCACAUCCUAUGACAAAGAACGCAUAUGGUGUCUGGGAGCUCGUAUUGCCUGCAAGAGAUGGCGUACCAGCGAUAGCACAUAACACAAAGAUCAAGAUCUCGAUGGUAAUACCUGGAGGAGAGAGGAUUGAAAGACUGCCAGUCUGGAUCACAAGAGUCACACAAGACCUCAACGUAUCGCCUGUCUAUGAUGCAGUGUUGUGGAAUCCUCCCAAGAGCGAACGCUACGUCUUCAAGCAUCCACGACCCCCGAAGCCAGAAUCGGUUCGAAUCUACGAAGCCCACGUGGGUAUUUCAACACCCGAGCUGAAGGUGGGCACAUACAAAGAGUUUACACAAACCAUGAUCCCACGCAUAAAAUACCUUGGAUACAACGUGAUUCAGCUCAUGGCGAUUAUGGAGCAUGCCUACUAUGCCAGUUUUGGCUAUCAGGUUAACUCCUUCUUUGCUGCGAGUUCAAGAUAUGGCACUCCAGACGACUUGAAAGAGUUGAUUGAUACUGCUCAUGCAAACGGCAUCACGGUCUUGCUAGAUGUGGUGCACUCACACGCAAGCAAGAAUACACUGGAUGGGUUGAACAUGUUCGACGGCAGUGACCACCUCUACUUCCACGAAGGUGCUAAAGGUCGUCACGAGCUUUGGGACUCGAGAACGUUCAACUAUGGCCACCACGAAGUUCUACGUUUCCUGCUAUCGAAUUUGCGCUUUUGGAUGGACGAGUACCAGUUUGAUGGGUUCCGCUUCGAUGGCGUCACAUCUAUGCUGUACACUCACCACGGUAUCGGCACGGGCUUCUCAGGUGGCUACCAUGAGUACUUUGGUCCUUCUGUCGACGAGGAUGGUGUUGUCUACCUAAUGAUUGCCAACGAGAUGCUGCACAAUCUAUACCCAUCGUGUAUCACGAUUGCCGAAGACGUCUCAGGUAUGCCCGGUCUGUGUGUCAGACUCUCACUUGGAGGAGUCGGUUUCGACUACAGACUCGCCAUGGCUGUACCCGACAUGUACAUCAAAUUACUGAAAGAAAAGGACGACGACCAAUGGGACCUUGGCAACAUCGCGUUCACGCUAACUAACCGUCGCCAUGGCGAGAAGACAAUCGCAUAUGCAGAGUCGCACGAUCAGGCGUUGGUCGGAGACAAGUCGCUCAUGUUCUGGCUCGCCGAUGCACAGAUGUACACGAAUAUGUCGACAUUGAGCGAAUUCACUCCGGUCAUCGAACGUGCGAUGGCUCUACACAAGAUGAUCCGCCUAGUCACUCACAGCUUAGGUGGCGAGGGAUAUCUAAACUUCGAAGGUAAUGAGUUUGGUCAUCCAGAAUGGCUCGACUUUCCACGAGCCGGCAACGACAAUUCUUUCUGGUAUGCGAGACGUCAACUUAACCUUACAGAAGACAAGCUGCUACGCUACAAGUUCCUUAACGACUUCGAUCGUGCCAUGCAACUCACUGAGGAAAAAUACGGCUGGCUACACAGCCCACAGGCUUACAUCUCGUUGAAGAACGAAUCGGACAAAGUGCUCGUCUUUGAGCGUGCAGGUCUUCUAUGGAUCUUCAACUUCCACCCUUCGAAGUCGUUCACCGAUUACCGGGUCGGCGUAGAGCAGGCAGGUGUCUACAGAGUUGUACUUGAUUCAGAUUGGAUGGAGUUUGGAGGGUUCGGAAGGAACGAUAGAAACACGAGAUUCUUCACGACAGAUAUGCAGUGGAAUGGCAGGAGCAAUUUUACGCAGGUUUAUAUCCCGACGAGGACAGCAUUGGUACUUGCCCUCGAGAGCACGCUCUGA